AUGGAUCUAGACCCAAAGAUUCCGCAAUACUCAACUGGCGACCCCAACUCCUUUGGUUGGCAAACCGGAAGAAGAAGAUGGCCCAUCAUCAUCACCCAAGCCAUAGACGACGCCUACCGCGCAGUAGCCCACUGCCCCGACCCCGAAAAGCAAACCGAAGGUAAGCGCAUCGUCGAAGCGCUCACCAAACUUAAAUACGAAGUCCAGCACGACCGCGCCCUCACCCCCCUCCCCGACGAUGGCUAUCCCGAUAUAGCCACCUACAACGCCGAGCUCGAACAGCUCAACUCCCCAACCUGGCUGAAAUCCCCCUGGCUCUACACCGAAUGCUACCUCUUCCGGCGCAUUGCCACCUCCUUCGCCCUGUCCAGCCACUGGAAAAACUACGAUGUAUUCGCCCGCCAAAAAACCUCCACCUUCCGCUCCUCCCGCCCCGCCGUCCUCGAGCUCGCCGCCAGAUACAAGGACUUGAUGUCCCAGCUCCAAAACCACCCCGACCAGCCCCGCGAGGCGCAGGAGUUGCUCUUCGCCGAAAUGGCCGAAAUCUGCCUCUGGGGCAACGCCACUGACCUAUCUCUGCUCACGUCCCUCACGUACGAAGACAUCCAAGCCCUCCAAGGGAGCGAAGCCCGCAAGAAGGCAGAGGCCAACAUCCUGGUCAACGACCUCCCGUCUUGCUUCGCCCACCUUCUCGAAGCGAAACAAUCCGGCAAGAAAGAACGUCGGGUCGACAUCGUCCUCGACAAUGCUGGCUUUGAGCUGUUUGUUGAUCUCGUCUUGGCUGGGUACCUCCUCUCUGCUGGAUUGGCCACACAUGUCGUCUUACAUCCAAAGUCAAUCCCCUGGUUUGUCUCGGAUGUUUUGCCGUCCGACUUUGCCGCUUUGUUGAACGCGCUGGCGGCGCCGAGGUGGUUUUACGAGACGCCCUCUGGGGAGGAGGAGCUACAAGGGAAGACGCCAGAGAAGUUAUCUGACAAGGAGGUGGAGGAGUUGGGGUUCUUGUUCCAGGAGUGGAGCAGGUUCCAUGCUGAGGGGCAGUUGGUCUUGAGGCCAAACAGAGUGUGGACCGGACCGGGUAGCUUCUGGAGACUGCCCGAGGAGGCGCCAGAGUUGGUGGAGGACUUGAAGGGGAGCGAGGUGGUGAUUUUUAAGGGGGAUUUGAACUAUAGGAAGCUGGUUGGAGAUGCUGCCUGGGAUCCUACUACCCCUUUCACAGAAGCCAUCGGUCCUCUUGGUCCUGGCUCUGGGCUCAACAUCCUCGCUCUGAGAACGUGCAAGGCCGAUGUCGUUGUUGGUCUUCCUCCCGGAAAAGACGAGGAGCUCAAGGCGCUCGAGGAUGGCGGUGGUGACUCUGGAGCGCGCAAGUGGGCUUGGAACGGAAAGUGGGCUGUUGUCUCCUUCUCCAAGGGGUCAUGAGCGGAGGAUUUGUCACGGAUCUGUCUGUUGAUACAGGAAGCAAGGCACCGGUAGCAUACUAGAAAGUCAAUUUUUGGCAAUAGAUGAACUAGCUGGUUAACCAAAU